ACGGAUAAAAAGAUCAAACACAAAACACAAAAAAAAAAACAAGUCUAAGAAAAUGGAGUUCUCUAUUAAACCUUCAACCCUUAAGAUGAUCCGAACAAGUUUUUGUAUAUUAGUGCUUUUGGCAAUAAGUAAUUUUCAGAUGAUGGAAUCUCAUAAAGGCAAGGGAUCAGAAGGAAAAAUUCAUUAUUCGGCGAUUAAUUGUCGAAAACAUAGCGCAGUUAUAACCGAAUUUGGAGCAGUGGGUGAUGGAAAAACAUCAAACACAAAAGCCUUUAAGGAAGCCAUAACCAAGCUUGCUCCUAAGGCGGCCGACGGUGGAGUUCAGCUCAUUGUUCCACCGGGAAAUUGGCUUACCGGAAGUUUUAACCUCACCAGGUGCAACAAUCCUUGCUUCUCAGGUAACAACGGAACGAUCAACGGGCAAGGGAAAUACUGGUGGGUGAAGUAUCGGAGUGGUGGAUUUAAAUCGAUCACGAGACCUUACACGAUCGAAAUCAUCUUCUCUAAAGACAUUCAGAUCUCUAACAUCACCAUCAUCGACUCUCCUGCAUGGAAUAUUCAUCCCGUGUAUUGCAGCAACGUCAUCGUUAAAGGCGUCACCAUUCUCGCUCCUAUCGAUUCUCCUAACACCGAUGGAAUCAACCCUGAUUCAUGCACCAACACAUUGAUCGAAGACUGCUACGUAGUCUCCGGCGACGACUGCAUCGCCGUCAAGAGCGGUUGGGAUCAGUUUGGUAUCAAAGUAGGAAUGCCAACUCAGCAACUCUCGAUCCGAAGGCUCACAUGCAUCUCUCCCGAUAGCGCCGGGAUAGCACUCGGAAGUGAAAUGUCCGGUGGGAUCAAAGACGUUAGAAUCGAAGACAUUACGUUACUCCAGACACAAUCCGCUAUCAGAAUCAAAACAGCGGUUGGUCGUGGCGGUUACGUUAAGGACAUCUUCGCAAGGAAGUUCACAAUGAAGACAAUGAAGUACGUUUUCUGGAUGAGCGGUGCAUACAACCAACACCCCGUCUCGGGUUUCAAUCCCAAGGCUAUGCCCGAGAUUACCAACAUUAAUUACAGUGACAUGACCGCGGAUAACGUUACGCAGCCCGCUAGGCUCGAUGGGCUCAAGAACGAUCCUUUCACCAAGAUAUGCAUGUCGAAUAUUAACAUUGCUUUGGCUGCUGAGCCCAAGAAGUUGCUUUGGAACUGUACGAACAUCUCCGGAGUUUCGAGCAAGGUUACACCGAAACCGUGUAGUUUGUUGCCGGAGAAAGGAGCUCCCGUGAACUGUGCUUUCCCGGCUGAUAAGAUUCCUAUCGAAUCUGUUGUCUUGAACAAAUGCUCUGCU